CUGUCAUGGAAAUAUUGAUGGACACUAUUUCAUCAUUUCCAUUUGUCUGAUCUGUCUUAUCGGACGUUUGGAGAAAAAGUGUGAGUGAUAAUUUAUCUUGAUGUGUGUAUUGAGAAGUUAGAGUUGUUUGCACGUGAUUUAACUCGGAGUUGGGCAAUCAACAAGAUGGCAAAGCAAGAGGUGCCAGCACCGUCCCAGAAAUUUAAACUAGUCCCAAAAAUAGUUAAUGGAGGAAUAGCGGGAAUUAUUGGGGUUUCAGUGGUUUUUCCCCUGGAUUUGGUAAAAACCAGACUCCAGAAUCAGGUGAUUGGGCCCAAGGGAGAGAGAAUGUACACCUCAAUGUUCGAUUGUUUCAAAAAAACGUACAAGGCUGAGGGCUACUUUGGGAUGUACAAGGGAUCAGGUGUCAAUAUUCUAUUGAUCACCCCAGAGAAGGCCAUCAAAUUAACUGCCAAUGACAUGUUCAGGCAUUAUUUAUCUCCUGGCCCCGGUCAACCACUGCCACUGGAACGUGAAAUGCUAGCCGGAGGAUCAGCUGGUGCUUGUCAAAUUGUGAUAACAACUCCCAUGGAGCUUUUAAAAAUUCAAAUGCAAGAUGCUGGUCGUGUUGCAGCUGCAGCAAAAUCUGCUGGGAAAACAGUUCCAAAAAUAUCAGCCUGGUCAUUAACCCAGGAUUUGUUUAAAAAACGUGGAAUUAUGGGACUUUAUCAGGGGACUGGUGCCACUGCCCUCAGAGAUGUCACAUUCUCUGUUAUUUAUUUUCCAUUAUUCGCACGAUUGAAUGAUCUAGGCCCAAAACGUGAAGAUGGAUCUUCUGUAUUUUGGUGUUCAUUCUUGGCUGGAUGCACAGCAGGUUCCACUGCUGCAUUAUUAGUCAAUCCGUUCGAUGUAAUUAAAACUAGAUUACAAGCUAUAAACAAAGCUCCUGGUGAGCCGACGUACAAUGGAGUGUUGGAUUGUAUCCUGACAACGAUGAAAAAUGAAGGGCCAACAGCAUUUUUCAAGGGUGGGGCAUGUCGUAUGAUCGUGAUAGCCCCAUUAUUUGGGAUAGCACAGACUGUUUACUACCUCGGUGUCGCUGAAAAUCUCCUAGGGAUUAAAUAAAUAAAUCAAAUCAG